GGACUGGUUUGUCAGUUGGUCCCUUCCCGGCCAGACAGUACACCUCAGCUAUGCUCACAAGGCUGCCUGCGGCUGAGGUGGAUGCCUCCAAGGCCAAGACCAAGAUCCAGAUUCGUUUCCACGAUGGCACGCGCAAGGCUCAAGAGUUCAACGAGGAUCAUACCGUGGGAGACUUGCGCGCCUUCUGUGCACAGUGUGUGGGUGGAGAGGCGAUGACCAUCAUGGGAGGAUUCCCACCCAAGCCCAUCACCGACGACAGCCUUACCUUGAAAGAUGCUGGAUUGCUGAAUGCGGCUGUGACUGUGAAGCCAGCAUGAGUCGCUCUUCGGCCAUAAUCGGUCGGUCGUUUUGGAGGGGGCCCAAGCAGACUGCUGCGAACUGAACAGAGGCAGCAUGGCAAAAGAGCCGUGAAAGGUGUAUGGACCGUGUGGGUCCAGAGUCCAAAACUGCAGGGCAACCACUGAGUUAGAUAUAGUUACGAUGUCGUGGACUCAUUCCUUGCUUUGUUGCUCGCAUGCUGGCUGACACAAUGGAAGAUUUGGAGAUCUAUUCCAAAUUUGGGUAAAGCAUGGUAAAUAUAGACUCCGAGGUAUCACUCUUCCAGUGGCUUCAUAUACGCGAUUCCGUCCGCUCUCCAGACCUGGUUCAAAGGGCAACGUGAAAAUGUUCCUU